UUUUGAUCACCACUGAUGAUUUGUUUUUUUCCAUGUGAAAUCUUGGGUUUCGAACUUGCCUUCUGGAGAAUGCCUUUUGAAACCAUUUUCUCUAGCUGCCCGGUGUCCGCAGCUUGGUAAUCAGUGGCUUUUUAAGUAUUCAAAAUGUGCAGACAGUGGGUCCUGGUGAAUAUUUUCAUGAUGUCUUAUCUGCUGCAGUUCGUACAAGGCUCCAGUUCUGAACACGGACCAGUGAAGCGCGCAUCUCGGUCGAUGUUGGAACGGUCUGAGCAGCAGAUCCGGGCGGCUUCUGGCUUGGAGGAGCUGCUUCGGAUCACGCACUUUGAAGACUGGAAGCUGUGGCGGUGCCGGCUGAAGCUGAAAAGUUUGACCAGUACAGACUCACGCUCCGCAUCCCAUCGGUCCACUAGGUUUGCAGCAACUUUCUAUGACAUCGAAACACUAAAAGUUAUAGAUGAAGAAUGGCAGCGAACCCAGUGCAGUCCCCGGGAGACAUGUGUGGAGGUGGCCAGUGAACUGGGGAGAAGCACCAACACCUUCUUCAAGCCUCCUUGCGUCAAUGUGUUCCGGUGUGGGGGCUGUUGCAAUGAAGAAAGCCUCGUGUGUAUGAAUACCAGCACGUCGUAUGUCUCCAAGCAGCUCUUUGAAAUAUCAGUGCCUUUGACGUCAGUGCCUGAAUUAGUGCCUGUCAAAGUGGCCAACCACACCGGUUGUAAGUGUUUGCCGACGGCUCCCCGUCAUCCAUACUCCAUCAUCAGAAGAUCCAUCCAGACUCCAGAAGAUGAUCUCUGCUUCCAUUCCAAGAAACUCUGUCCUAUCGACAUGCUAUGGGAUAGCAACAAAUGUAAAUGUGUUUUACAGGAAGAGACUCCACUCUCUGGAAUGGAAGACCAUUCACACCUUCAAGAACUGACUCUCUGUGGGCCACACAUGAAGUUUGACGAAGAUCGUUGUGAGUGUGUCUGUAAAAUACCAUGUCCUCGGGAUCUCAUCCAGCACCCCGAAAACUGCAGUUGCAUCGAGUGCAGAGAAAGUCUGGAGAGCUGCUGCCUAAAGCACAAGAUCUUUCACCCUGACACCUGCAGCUGUGAGGAUAGAUGCCCGUUUCACACCAGAACAUGUGCAAAUGGAAAACCAGCCUGUGCAAAGCAUUGUCGGUUUCCAAAGGAGAAAAGGGCAGCUGCCCAUGGGCUCCAGGGUCAAGAAAACCCUUGAUCCUGCUUUGUCCCCAAGACCCGCAUCCCUGUCAUUUCUAACAGCAUGCUGCUUGCCAAGUUAUUGUCACUGUUACUUUUUCCCAAGA